AUGUCCUCCGACGAGGAGGUCGACGGCGGCCCCACCGGCGAGAUGGAGACGGUGGAGUUGUCGUCGACGGAAGAGGAGAGCGACGGAGGUGAGACGGUGACCCCCGUGGUCUCCUCUGAUGAGGAGGGCACCCGGUGGGCCAACCAGGCCCGGAGGGGUUACCGUCAGGUAAGGCGGGUGGUGGAUGCCGAGGGGUAUAUCCCGUUCGGGUCGGCGGCUUCGUCGGAGAGGCCGGAGAGCGAGGAGGUCAUCGAGGCCCGCCGACGAGCAACGAUCGGCAGGUUGGUGGAGCGGCAGGCGGAGUGGAUGGCUGCCGUGAGGGAAUGGAGGAGAAGACUGCAGCAAGCGGAGGACGAGGAGGCCGCGUUGUGGACACCGGCACCUCCGCCGGCAGCGCCCUCGCAGCCGCCGUUGCCACCCACAUCGCCACCGAGGACGCCGCCACCACCACCGCCGCCGAGGACGCCGACGCCACCACCGCCGUCGAGGAGGCCGACGCCACCACCACCACCGCCACCAAGGACACCAACGCCGCCACCACCGUCGAUGAAGAAGUCACCGCCGGAGACACCACCACCGCCGAGGAAGAGGACGCCGGCGCCGCCGCCAAGGACGCCCACGCCGCCGCCAAGGACGCCCACGCCGCCGAGGAGGCCGACGCCACCGUCGCAGCCACCGCUGCCGCUCGCGUCGCCGCCGAGGACGCCGCCGCCACGUCCACGGCUGCAGAGGCAGUCCGUGCCCGGUGGCAGCACCGCCGAGCAACCGGGGCAGAGGUCCCCGAGGACACGUGGCCGGACACGGUGCGCGCGGAGGCGGAGCGGCAGCGCCGUCGAGGGAGGACCCAGCGGUGGGCGAGACUGA